AUGGUCGGGUUGGUUGUUGUUGUGGUUGUUGUGUCGGUGCGUGCCGCAAUGUACUGGAUAUCAUCCCCCAUGAAAACUGGAUAUCAUUCGUGCGUAGAAUUCAAUCGCAUGGAAAACCUAGAGGCUCCCCUCUGCUGGUAUCGACUCCCACACCCACAACAACACGCGGCAACAGCACACGGCAACAGCACACGGCGACAACACUCGGCCACCAAACCUACGGACCUUCUCCUCCCUGUUACCGUACGAAACCAAAUUUUAUCAAGGACAACAUACAACAUAAAGAAGAUGAGCGAGAACCACCACCACCAGCAAAGCUACGGUCAGAAUAUAGUACCUUUGAGCGGCAGUGUGCGUUUGCGGGAAGAAGAGAGCGAGAAUUCUUCGCCCGAGGCUUCACGGCGACGCUUGCUCAAUGGGGCUGCUGCAGAAUAUGAACAUCCCCAAGUCCUUUGUUUCGCAGCCCGUAACCGGAGGGGCCGUUUCUACAUUCCUAUGACAACUAAUAAUUUUGGCGGGAUGCCAGUGAACCAUGUCUUGUUUGAUUCAGGAUGCAGCUCCUUGCUGUUACCGUUUCCGCUACAGGACGGUCUCCCACAGCCAUGGCUGGAAGAGUUUAACAAGUGGGCGGUGUCGUCUUCACGGGGUACUGGCGCAAUACAUUCUCCCGUUUUGAAAAUCAAGCCUCGCAUCGGCCCUAACUUUACUUGCGUGCUUGCAGGGAAGGUGCAGCCAAACUUGAAGAAGUUGCGGAUUCAUAGGCAGUCGAGCCGCAAACCGUCUGUUGAAUACGCAGGAAUAUCGCAGCAAGUUAGAUGA